ACACAGACAUGGAUGAACUUAAUCAAUCAGAGAAAUGAUGUCUGCGUCGAGAGUAAGGCUAAAUAUGUCAGGGACUUCAUUCCAAAUAACUCAAAAACUUCUUGAAGCGCAUCCUCAUACAACGUUGGGGAAACUUAUUGUUAAUGCAGAUCUUUCAAAAUCUGAGGAAUUUUAUUUUGAUAGACCUGCAACACCUUUUGAAUCUAUUUUGACAUUCUAUCAAACAGGAAGACUUCAUCUACCACAAAACAUAUGUCCAAAUGUGUUCAAAGAAGAGCUGGAAUACUGGAAAAUAGACUAUAAACAACUAGACAGAUGUUGUUUGCUUAACUACGUACAAUUUCUGGACAGUAACAACACUAAAAUAGACUUCCAGAACGCGAUUGCACCAGAAACAACAUGUUUAACUACACCUCUAUCUACUAGAAAUCGCAUUUGGAGGAUACUCGACUACAAGGAUACAUCAUGGAUCGCAAAGCUAGUUUUGCUCAUCGGUAUUUUGUUCGUUUUGCUGUCUGUAUUAACACUUGCGCUCAGUUCGUUGCCAAGAUACCGUCGUCCACUUACUACCUGUGAAUACUACGAAUACAGCUUAGCAAAAGAUAGAACAAACCCAGCGAUACUUAAUUUUUUAGAGCAGCACGACUGUAAUAAACUACAGGUAUCUGAAUCUGGAGACGAAUUCUAUUACUACUACUACGACUAUGAGUAUGAGUAUUAUGAUCAAGAUGACAAUACUACUGAACUUCCAUCAAUACAAACAUCAUCACAAGAUCCGGUUAAAACGAAAAAACAAGGAGCAAUAAAAAUUGAGCCUUCAAAAGUUUCGCUCAAAUUAGACAUUUUCUACCAGAUAGAUUACACAGCAACUGUCUUCUUCACUUUAGAACUCAUUUUGAGACUUAUCGUUUGUCAAAGUGUUUUUCAGUAUUAUAAAAACGUUUUGAACAUUAUCGAUACCAUUGUUCUACUCGGAACAUUUGUCGAUAUCGUUCUAUGGAACUUACAGUCAUCAUAUAAGUUUUCUUCCGAACUGACUAGUUUUAUUGAUUUUAUCAAGUUUCUGAGAGUUUUUCGCCUUUUGAAAUAUUGCCAACAUUUCACUUACGUUCAAGUGGUAAAAUUUUCAAUAAGACGAAAUGCUAAAGAUCUACUAAUAAUGUUAUUCCAUAUUUGCGCCUUUCUUUUGAUUUUUGCAAACAUUAUAUACCUAACAGAAGAUCGAGACAAUAUAGAUAGUAUUCCACAAGGGUGGUGGCUAGGACUGGUCACCUUGACAACGGUGGGUUACGGAGAUUUGUCUCCUAAAACAUUUCUGGGAAAGGUGACGUGCUGUGUGUGUGCACUUUGUGGAAUAUUCAUGAUGUCAAUGAUUAUUCCAAUUUUUGUUGAUACAUUUGUAACUUUGUACGGGAUAGCUAAUGUAGAAAUCGCUGAAGAAAAGAAGGACCAAGAACAUACCAAAGUAUUUACUAAAGUUGAGUCGAUAACAGCACUGAAUAUGACUCAGACUUUUCAGGAAAGACACAAGACUGUACAAUGAAG